AUGCCUUUGUUGGAUCCAAACACACCCAGGAGAAACGACCCCGUGGACUCUGGCUCCGAAGACGAAGCGGACCCAGAGCUGCUCGAGCUGCUGCGCCAGCAUCUCGGAUUGGGCAGUAAACAGAACAAGAAUCUCCCGCCCGAGACCAAGGUGCUGGAGAAUGCCCAAUAUGUGUUCGACAAUGCCAUUGACGUGGCUCUCAACCCGGCCCAGACUAAGGAGGCGGCCGAGACGAUAUGGCGGCUGAUGCAGAAGAAGGCGUAUUCUACGCAGACUUGGUCGGAGCAUGAGCUUCAUCCGAAGACUAAGGAUGAGAGUACGGUUGAUUUCAUCUUUACGAUGGAUCUGCUGAAUUUUAGCUUUUGGUCUGAGGAGACGGAUGAGUCGAAGCGGUUUUCUAUUGAGUAUAGGGGGAAGCGGUGGACCGGGUAUUGGAGUUUGGUCGCUGCUCUUCAGCGGGCUCUUGACGAAGAUAUCCCGAUUACCACGCCAGAUUUCUGGGUGAACGAAGAAGAGUGCACGGCGGAGGUCCUCCGGCACGUCUUCCGCUCCGCCACAGAUGAAGAGAUGCCCAUGUUCAAAGAGCGAGUACAGUGCUUGCGCGAGGCUGGCGAAGUUCUUUGCAAUGAGUUCGGAGGCAGCUUUGCCAACUGCAUCGACAGCGCCGACUACUCCGCCGCCGGCCUUGUCAACCUCCUCACAGAGAACUUCGACUGUUUCCGCGACGAAACAGUGUUCAAUGGAAGGAGAGUUAGGCUGUACAAGCGCGCCCAGAUCCUCGUUGCAGAUCUGUGGGCCUGCUUCAACGGCGAAGACUUUGGCGAGUUCCGCGACAUUGAUAAAAUCACCAUGUUUGCCGACUACCGCAUCCCCCAGAUGCUGCACCAACUGGGCUGCAUGCGCUACUCCCCCUCCUUAGAGUCCCACAUCCGCAGCUUGAAGCCCAUCACGCCCGGCUCAAACUGGGAGAUCGAACUCCGCGGCACCAGCAUCUGGUGCGUGGAGCUGAUCAAGCGGGAAAUUGAGAAACGGCACCCAGAAGUCAAAUCUGCUGGCAAAAAGGGCGUCUUCAAAUCUGUCGAGAACGACGACCAGGACGCUCUUGAAGGCGUCGAAAUUACCGAAAAGAUUGAACAACCACCCAAGACAUACGGCAUCAAUGCGAUCUUGAUCGACUUCUUUUUGUAUGAUACGAUGAAGAACCUAGAGCAGGAGAAGAACGAGAGCAUCCCGCACCAUCGGACUCGGAGCAUUUGGUAUUAA